AUGGACAUUACUCAAAUUGCCAACCAACUAUCCUCAUCGCCUACGCGAUUCCCAGAUUGUUGUCUGGCUAUCUCCUCUGAUCUGAUAUCCUCAAUGGUUGCGCUUCUCCCUACGGAACCAGCAUUCACAUUAUCAAUCGGCAGUGGAUCAGGUCUACUUGAAAGCCUCCUGGGUUAUCAAAAUGACAUCUCAGUACAAGGUGUGGAAGUAGGCUCCAGCGUUAAUCGAUACCUGGCCGAAGAAGAUAUGCAUGUCGUGACCGGUGCAUGGGGUAUAUACUCCUUUGCUCAGCAGGCUACAGCAUGGAUGUUCGUUUAUCCACGCGAGCCCAAGCUCGUUACCAAAUAUAUUGAUACUUACGGCGAUCACGCUGUUGAGUUGAUCGUGUGGCUCGGUCCACGGGUUGAUUGGCCUGACUAUGAGCCCUGCUUUCGUCAAUCUUCGUUCUCCGAGCUGAGCUUCCCAGAUGUCGGGUUAACGCCAUACGAGGUUGCAGUAGUUGCAAGAAAAUCAUGA